AGCCACACCCAACUCGACCUCGCCAGAAUCCCACCAUGUCUAUGCUUGCCGCCGAGGUGCACGCUGCGCUGAGCCAGCUGCUCAGAGGUCUCCAAUCUCCAGACAAUGUGGAGCGCACACAGGCAGAGGAGCUUCUCAACACAGAAUGGGUAGCGAGUCGGCCAGAGAUCCUACUUCUAGGCCUGACGGAGCAAAUACAAGGCCAGGAUGACCCUUCGACGCGUUCAUACUCCGCAGUCCUGUUCCGGCGGAUAGCCACGAGAGCACGAAAGGACCCCAACUCCAGCCAAACCAGGGACCUAUUCUUGACCCUCCAGCAGGGCGAAAGGGAAGCAAUUCGCGCGAAACUGUUGGCAUGUCUGCAGUCGGAAUCGCUGCCUUUUGUGAGGAACAAAAUCGGAGACGCCGUAGCGGAAAUUGCGAGGCAGUACACAGAUGAAGCCCCAGGAGAGCCUUGGCCAGAACUACUCGGAGCUCUGUUCAGCGCCAGCCAAUCGACAGAUGCUGGCAUGCGCGAGACCGCCUGGAGAAUAUUCUCAACUACCCCAGGAAUAAUAGAACAACAGCACGAGGAUGUUGUGAUAACAGCUUUCAAGACCGGUUUUAACGACGCUGAUACUUCGGUCAAAAUCGCCGCCAUGGAAGCAUUUGCGUCCUUCUUCCGAUCUAUCACCAAGAAGAGCCAGCCAAAGUACUAUCCCCUUAUCGGCGAGAUUCUCAACAUCCUUCCACCAGUCAAGGAAGCUGGAGAUGCUGAUCAGAUGACGAAGGCCCUAAUUGCGUUGAUUGAGCUGGCAGAAGUAUCUCCCAAGAUGUUCAAGCCCAUGUUUAGCGCACUCGUCGCCUUUAGCAUUUCCGUCAUUCAGGACAAGGACCUUGGAGAUCAACCUCGACAAAACGCGCUGGAACUCAUGUCCACUUUCGCCGAUUACAACCCCCAAAUGUGUCGCAAAGAUCCAAAUUACACCAACGACAUGGUCACUCAAUGUUUGUCACUGAUGACCGAUGUAGGCAUCGACGACGACGAUGCCGAGGAGUGGAACGCUUCCGAAGAUCUGGACAUCGAUGAGAGCGACAUGAACCAUGUUGCGGGAGAGCAAUGUAUGGAUCGACUCGCCAAUAAGCUAGGCGGCUCGGCUGUAUUGCCUCCUACGUUCAACUGGCUUCCUCGGAUGAUGACUUCCUCAGCAUGGCGGGACCGACACGCAGCGCUGAUGGCUAUAUCUGCGAUAUCAGAAGGCUGCCGUGACUUGAUGAUUGGGGAACUAGACAAGGUGCUUGAUCUUGUUCUACCUGCCCUGCGAGACCCCCACCCUCGAGUACGAUGGGCCGGCUGUAACGCUCUCGGACAGAUGAGCACAGAUUUUGCUGGGACUAUGCAGGAGAAAUAUCACCAAGUUGUCUUACCGAAUAUCAUUCCUGUGUUGGAGUCCGUGGAACCCCGAGUUCAAGCACAUGCUGCGGCCGCUCUCGUCAACUUCUGCGAAGAAGCCGAAAAGACAGUUCUCGAGCCAUAUCUGGAUCAGCUUCUCAGCCAUCUCCUCAUGCUCCUCCAGAGCCCGAAACGUUUCGUUCAAGAACAAGCACUAUCAACAAUUGCUACAGUUGCUGAUUCUGCUGAGGCCGCCUUUUCGAAGUACUACGACACAUUAAUGCCCCUCCUUUUCAAUGUCUUGCGAGAAGAGCAAUCGAAAGAAUACAGACUGCUCAGGGCCAAAGCCAUGGAGUGUGCUACACUUAUUGCACUUGCCGUUGGGAAGGAGCGGAUGGGCGCCGACGCCAUAGCCCUCGUCAAUCUCCUAGGCACGAUCCAGCACAACAUACAAGACUCCGAUGAUCCACAAGCCUCUUACCUUCUCCACUGUUGGGGUAGGAUGUGUCGUGUCCUCGGUCAAGAUUUCCUCCCAUACCUUCCAGCAGUGAUUCCCCCCCUGACCGAGCUUGCUGGAGCCAAGGCAGAUAUCCAACUUCUCGACGAUGACGAGCAGGUGGCGCAAGUUGAGCAAGAAGAAGGCUGGGAGCUUGUUCCGCUCAAGGGCAAAGUCAUCGGUAUCAAGACUAGUACCUUGGACGAUAAGCAUAUGGCGAUCGAGCUCAUUGUGAUAUAUGCACAAGUGCUUGAGGCUGCUUUCGAGCCCUAUGUCAACGACAUCAUGGACAAAAUUGCCUUGCCAGGGUUAGCCUUUUUCUUCCAUGAUCCUGUCCGCGUGGCAUCGGCGAAGUGUGUCCCACAGCUCCUCAAUGCUUACAAGAAGGCCCACGGUGGUCAAUCUCUGCAGCUUGGCCAGCUUUGGGAGCGGACUGUCGACCGUGUGCUUGAAGUCUUAAGUACGGAGCCAGCCAUCGAUACACUCGCUGAGAUGUAUCAAUGCUUCUAUGAGUGCGUUGAAGUCAUUGGCAAGGGCUGCUUAACUUCUCAACAUAUGGCAACGUUCAUAGAGUCUGCGAAAUCAGUAUUGGAAGAUUACCAGACUCGUGUAAAGCAACGCCUGGAAGAGCAAGACGAAACCGAAGAUGGGGAGGAAACUCCCGAAGAGAUCCUGUUCGCAAUCGAAGACGACCAAAAUCUUCUAUCGGACAUGAACAAGGCUUUCCAUACCAUCUUCAAGAACGAAGGCACCGACUUCCUGCCUCACUGGGAAAAGCUCCUUCCAUACUAUAACCAAGCUAUCGUCAACCCAGACCCAACUCAGCGCCAAUGGGCAAUUUGCAUUUUCGAUGAUGUGCUAGAGUUCUGCGGUCCCCAGAGCUGGACCUACAGUUCUAACAUCAUCCAACCUCUCGCCGAUGGCAUGCGAGACGACGUCCCCGCAAACCGGCAAGCGGCCGUGUAUGGAAUUGGUGUUGCGGCGCACAAAGGAGGCGAGGCAUGGUCUGACUUCGUGUCCGCCAGCUUGCCAAUGCUCUUCCAAGUCACGCAGCGUCCCAACGCCCGGGCGGACGACGACGUUUUCGCAACAGAAAAUGCCUGUGCGAGUAUCGCUAAGAUCUUGCACUACAACAGCUCGAAGGUCGCGAAUGUGCAAGGUGUGGUCGCUGCAUGGAUUGACACUCUCCCCGUGACAAAUGACGAAGAGGCAGCGCCCUACGCAUACUCCUUCCUCGCCCAGCUAAUCGAUCAACAAAACCCUGCUGUCAUGGCUCAGGCAGCCAAGUGCUUUACCUUUGUAGCAUUAGCACUGGAAUCUGAAACUCUGCAAGGGCAAACAGCCACCCGCAUCGUUGGCGCCGCCAAACAACUCGUCACAACCGCCGGCUUGGACGCAAACCAGCUCCUCGCAAACCUAUCGCCAGAGACACAGCAGACAGUGCGAGCUUUCUUUGGCUAAACGGCAUUUUCUAGCUCUUAUACCCAUCUUAAGCAGCGGCCGGGUGUCGAGAUGAGUUGGAAACGAAACUUUGACGCAUUGACGAGUGAUGUCGGCUGGGUGGGGUAGACGGAUGGGUCAGGUCGGGUCGGAGCAUCUUUGGGGUCGGGACGGGCAUUCUGGAAUGUUUUUCUGCGAUUUCCUUUCUUUCCCUGCACUAAACUGAGCUUAGACUACCGAUCUUAAAUCUUGAACAAACUCUUCUCCGGUGUGGUUUCCAGCUGG